AUGAGGAUCGCAGCAGUGACCCGGAACAACACAAUCAGGCCCGGUUCGUUCCCCAGCCCGGCCCGGCCGGGCUUUGAGGUUUCGGAUUUCUUUGAGUUCAACGACUGGAUUGAGGGGGUCCCGCGUUCUCUUCCCUCCCCGGCUGCUUGUUACGAUUCUCAGAAUAUGAGCUAUACGAGCGCCAUCAGCAGCAGCAGUAGUUUUCUUGAAGGGGCUAUCAAUAGAGACGGUGGGAGAGAGGAGAAGAGAGAGAAAGUUGCUUUCAAGACCAAAUCUGAAGUUGAAGUUCUUGAUGAUGGUUUCAAGUGGAGAAAGUAUGGGAAGAAGAUGGUGAAAAACAGCCCUAAUCCAAGGAACUACUAUAGAUGUUCAGUAGAAGGAUGCCCAGUGAAGAAGAGAUCGAACGAGACAAAGAGGACCCGGCUCUACGUUGUGACAACGUACGAGGGAAUUCACAACCAUCAGGUCCUUAUCAACUGUAGUUUAGAAACUCAUAGAGUUUACCUGAGUUUGCAGAUGAUGCGAUGCGCUCUGACGAUGUAUGAUCGACAAACAUCAAUAUUUAGGCUGCUACAAGAAGUUCAUUGUUUGCAGUGAACAUAUUAAGAAUA